UGAGUCACCAAGCCCCUGUACUUACCGUAUCUACCCGUAAACACUAGUAUAUAAAAUGUUAGCAGUGUGAAAGCAGUGUUUAAUAUUUAGAGACAAGGAUAUUUAAAAUGGAUAGACAAGAGAAAGGAUAUGCGGAGGAUUUAGCAACCCUUGCUAAACUAGAUGAUCAGAUACUUUUAGAGGAAAUACAUGAACGUUAUAAAAGGGAUAUCAUCUAUACGUACGUUGGAGAUAUAUUAAUUGCAGUUAACCCCUUUAAAGAUCUUGGCAUCUAUGGAAAAAAGGAAUCAGAAAUGUAUAAAAUGGCCAAGAAGAGUGCCAACCCACCUCAUAUAUAUGCCGUGGCUGAUAUGGCGUUUCAAUCUAUGAUAGGACAAGGUGGAUUAUUACCAGCAGAUCAGUGUAUAUUAAUCAGUGGUGAAAGUGGUGCUGGUAAAACAGAAAGUACUAAGUUGAUUAUAAAGCAGUUAAUAGAAUUAUGUAAUGGUACUAGUCAACUAGAACAACAAAUAUUACAGGUGAAUCCCCUACUCGAGGCGUUUGGUAAUGCUUUAACUCAGAUGAAUGAUAAUUCCAGUAGAUUUGGCAAAUACAUCCAGUUACGGUUUCAAGAUGGCAAAGUGAAAGGUGCCAAGAUAUCUGAAUAUCUUUUAGAGAAGUCACGUGUAGUAGGUCAACAUGAAGAAGACGAAAACUUUCAUAUAUUUUAUUACUUAUUUGCCGGACAAUCACUGGAGAAAAGCAAUAAAUUUGAGCUAGCCGCCACAACAAAUUACAGAUACCUCUCAAAUGGGAUAAAUUCUUUAAGAAACAACCUCCCGUUUUUACAGAAUCAGUAUAAGGAAUUGAUAAACGCUUUAGAUUUAGUUGGCUUUACAGAUGAGGAACAACUUGGUCUUUUUCAAAUGGUGGCCAGCGUUCUGCAUCUGGGAAAUAUUUCAUUUCAAACCGAUGAAAAUGACGUUACAACUGUUUCCAAAGCUGACCCUCUGAAUAAAGCCACGGAUCUACUAUCAAUCAAUAAAAAAGAAUUAAACGAAUGUUUAACUUCCAUGGUAACAGUAACUAAGGGAGAAUACAUUAAAAUCAACUAUUCUAAAGAGAAAGCCGAAGAUUGUCGAGAUGCUCUAUCUAAAGCUAUCUAUGGUCGAGUAUUUGGAUGGAUUGUGAAUAAAGUCAACCAGCUCUUAGCACCAGACUAUAAGAAAAAUAGUGAUAUCAGAGAAAUAGGUAUAUUGGAUAUUUUUGGAUUUGAACAUUUUGAAAAGAACAGUUUUGAACAAGCCUGCAUAAAUUUAGCUAAUGAACAGUUACAGUUCUUCUUCAAUCAGCAUAUCUUUAAAAUGGAACAAGAAGAAUAUAUAAAAGAAGGUAUUGGUUGGACAGAAAUUCCAUUUAUAGACAAUAAACCUCUAUUGGAUUUGUUCCUUGUAAAACCAAUAGGUAUCCUCGCUCUUUUAGAUGAAGAAUGUCGGUUUCCCAAAGCUACAGAUACGACAUUUGUUGAAAAGUUAAAUCAUUGUAUAAGUAAAAAUGAUCAUUAUCAGAAAUCACAGAAAAGUUCACCACCAUGUUUCUCUAUCAACCAUUAUGCUGGCAAAGUAAUGUACGAUGCUACACAGUGGUUAGAAAAGAACCGAGAUACAAUGCCUGCUGGUAUUGUAGAAUUAUUGAAAGACAGUAAAAACCAGCUUGUUAAAACAUUAUUUAAAGCUGAGAUAUCAAGAACUGGUACAUUAGCUCUUCAAGGUCGUCGAUCAGUUCGCUCUAGAAACAAUAAGAGUCGAAGUCGUAAAGGUCCUGUAGAAAUCGGAGAUGCGAAAAGGAAGGUCACCGUUGGAACACAGUUUAAGAGGUCUCUCAAUAUGCUGAUGGAGAAAAUGACCAAAUCUUCACCCAUAUUUGUCCGGUGUUUAAAACCAAAUCAUAAUAAAGAAGCUAAUGAUUUCAAUAUCCCUUAUAUGAAUCAACAGCUUUUAUAUACGGGUAUGUUACAAACAACAAAAAUAAGAAGAGAAGGUUAUGCUAUACGUCCAACAUUUCAAGAAUUUGUUGACAAAUAUAAAGUAUUAAUACACAAACACAAGUUACAAGGUACAGCUGCUAAUUGUCUGGAUAUUUUACGAUCUACAAAAAUGCCAGGCUAUUGUGUAGGGAAAACUAAAGUUUUUCUCAAAUACAAUCAUAUAGAGAAAAUGACUGAUAUACUGGCCAAGUUUGAUACUGCCGCCAUACAGCUUCAGAAACUUGCGCGUGGAUUUCUGGCCCGACGUGAAUGUAAAAUGCGCCGUUUAGCCGCUGAAAAGGAAGCCAAAGAGUUAGCCGCCCUAGCUUUACUAAUAGAACAACAGAAUGCUGCCUUGGCAGAACAAGAAGUCAAACAAAAAGAUCUGGAUAAAAAAAAGCAAGCAAAAAUUAAAUAUGGCGGCGGUGGUAUCGUACCACCACCAUUACCAGAUGUACCGGAGCCUAAACACAGUUCUUCUAUUGGAAUACAAAGUGAUUCUAACCUCAAAACAUUAUGCACACAGGGUACACAGAUGGAGGAGGGUGAUAGUUCGGGAUCAGAUGAUAUAUUAGGAGACGAGUUUGUUCAAAUUAAUAAGAAUGAUAAAUACGGUAAACCAGGAACAAAACAAGCCACAGAACGAUGGUUUGAAGAAACACAAGUUCAUCAAUUAAUUGAUAAAUCCGGGGGUAUUUUUGUAGAAUGGUUCCAUGGCGUCAUUUCCAGAAGUCAUGCUGAAAAAUUAUUGAAACAUAAACCAGUUGGUUGUUUUUUAAUCCGGGUUAGUGAGAGCAGAUUUGGUUAUUCUCUAUCAUUCAGGGUUGAAGACCGAUGUCGUCAUUAUAUGAUAGAUCAGCUGCCUAAUGGAAAGUUUAUAAUUGUUGGUGAGAAAAAAGUUCACCGCACGUUACUUGAUCUUGCCCAAUAUUACCAAGAGAAUCACAUAUCAAAUUAUGAUGGGUACUUAACAGAACCAUGUGGUCAAGAAACAGGAGAAUGUGAUUAUGCAGGUUUGAUGACGCAAGGCGUGUAUCAUAUAUUAGAAGAGCAAGGAAAUGGCGAGUAUUAUGAUAGAAUACCGGGAGGAGUGCCGAGGAAAGUUCCAGGGAAACAGAAGACAGAGACGUCACAGUAUUCUUUAGCUCGUACAGAAGAAUCAAAAAAUCGUCUUCUAAGAAAUCAGCAACAACAGCAUACUACAGCACAUCAGCGAUAUACAGCAACGCAAAAGAAGAAGUCUAAAGAUUAUGCAUACGUACUGGCCAAAUAGAACAAUCACAAUAUUGGCCUUUAAGCCAUUAAAGUCUAUAUACACCUCCAUAUCCUUUCUUAGCAAUCACAAUUUAAGAUAAUGUGGAGAUAUUUAUCGCAUGUUGACACAUUGUGAUAAUGCUAUGGGUAUUGUUAUUAAUGUUAUCCUGUAUCCAAGUUGUAAAACUAAGAUGUUGAUAUGUAAUUUUAUCAAGUAUUGUUAGAAACUAAAUUUUGACAUUGGACUUUGUAAAGUAUAACACCAACAUAAUAUCAAGAUAUUACUCAAUAUAUUAUAUUAAGUAUUAUACUGAAAUAAUAUAUCUUAAAUGUACAUAUUACGAUUUAAUUAUAUCAAAUAUUAUUAUAUCGUUGGCCGUAUGAUUCCAUUUUUCAGUUUGUAUAAUAUUUGAUGUCACAUCUUUCAGACUGUGGAGUUUGUAUUGACGACGAUCGAUCCGAUUAGUCAUUUAUAUUUGUUAUUGUUAUGUUUCUGUAUACACAUUCUUUCUAAUUAAAAUUAGUCCAUUCUCUCAUUCACAUUAAGGCCUAACGACAUAUUUAAGAAGUUUGUGUUCAUUUUAACAUCACUUGAGCUUUUUCUCACCAAAGAACAGACGCCUUGUUUUGAGCAGAAAUGGGGUGGGGGUUGGAUGGCCGAAUGGUUAGCACGUGCGCGCUGUAUCAUAAGGUCUGUCAUUGAGUCAACUGGCGUGGUUUCGAUUCCCCGGUUGUACUUGACAAGGAGGGUCGCCUGUCCAACCUUGUGGGUUAUCUCCGGUUCUCCGGUUUCCUCCCACUGCUAAAGACCCCUACGUGCACGCGAAUUAUUGAAAUAAAAUUGAACCAUUGUUUGUGUCGAGUGGACGUUAAACUCCAUUUUUCUCUCAUUUAGAGCAAACACACUGCCUAAAAUGAGACUCCAGGGAACCCAGGAUAUUAUAAGGAAGUGGUUAGAUCUGUAUUUAGACCAACUAAAAUUAACGGAACGAAAUUUUAAUCAAAUCUCUAGACAUUGGGCAUUGCAUUGCACACAUACACCCCCCCCCCCCCCGCCCGCUUCACGAUCCUCAUCGUUCAAUGCAUUUCAUCCCUCCGGAAAUCGUUAGAUUUUUAUUUAUUGAAGGCUGUUUGUUUGUAGAUUAAUUAUUUGUGUUGCAAUUUAGCCUAUUGUUUAAUUCUUGUUUUGUUUUAAAUAAAUCUAAAAAUCAA